CCCCGAGUACACCACAGCCCACUGUUUACUGCAACAAUACUCGCAAUUCCCCCACUUUGUGCUGUCCCCGAACGCCGCAGCGGUUAGCAUUUAGCCACGUGGCUAACGCUACGGCGCAGGAGUGAGUGAGUGAACAAAUGGACACCGACGCCUGUGUCCUAGCCGCAUGCCGCGCUGUCCUGGACCUGCUGGAGCGGGACUGGCAGCCUCUAUCCACCGCCGAGCUCGACCAGCGGCUGGACCAGGCCGUGGAGGACAUGCUGGAGGCGGACCUGAUCCACAAAGUCAAGCAAACAAGUGAACCUCCGCCAAGGAAUGACUCCGCCACCGCAUCCUCCAGUACCGGGGAGCAAGUGGCAGAAGAGGGGCGGGGGGACGACCAGGCGGUCGAGACUGUGACAGCCCUGCUGCGGAGCGCCCAAUCCCGAAGCCGUGUCGCGGGCCGUGCCCGGCUGUCGCUGUCCCAGACCGUCCCGCUGUGUCUCAGUCUGCUGUCCAGCCAUGUCAGCUACCGCACUUUGUCCCGGCUGUACCGUUUGGAGAAAGGCAACAUCCACCGCAUCUUCUUCUUCUUCUGCCGGUGUAUCAACACGCUGCAGCAGGACCAUAUUCGUUGGCCCCUGGGUGACGAGGUGGAGGCUGUUCUCUUCCCUUUCUCCGAAGAGCGGGCAGCGGAAGGCCGGCGCCUCCCUCGGGUGCUGGGAGUGUUGGGGCACGCUCGUAUUCCCAUCCGGACGCCGUGGGCAAAAGACAGGGGUGAGCCGCAAGCCAAGAGGCCCAAGAAGACGGAAGAGCGGCCCGCCGCCGCCUCUUGGCUCCGUCUCGAAUUGGUGUGCGACCGCACAGGACGCUUCAUCCACUGCCGCGUCGGGAACAGCCGGGACUCGGACGGAGGCGGCGCGCUGGCCUCUCGACUCGAGCGGGAAUCUCACCUGAUGCCUCCGGAUUCGGUGCUGGUGGCCCGCGCCGGGUAUCCGCUCUCGGCUCGCGUUUUGACGCCCUACCCGGGACCGGGCGGGACGAGGGAGCGGCGCUUCAACGCCGCGCUGGAGCCCCACUUUCAUAUUCUGGACAGGGCCGUGGCGGGCCUGACGGGACGAUUCCCAAGACUCCGGCGGCUGGACGUGGGAAAUGACAAGCAAGCCAGAGCGGUGGCGUUGAGCGCCUGCGUCCUCCACAACGUGCUGAUGGACGUCGGUCACGCGCCCCAAGGAGAACUCCGAGAGGUGGGGGACUUUAGUCCAGAUGGACAAGGCGAGGAGGAUGAGGCGGGUGUACGCCUGCGGGAUGGUGUCGCCCAAAUGUUGCAUUCUGGCAAUUUCUGACAAACGUUUGAUUUGCCAUCGCACAAAUAUUUGUCCGUAUGGCAAAUUUCUCUUCAUGUCCGAAAGGUUCCUAUGUGGAUGCUGGACAUCGAUCUAUAUUUUGUCUCGAUGAUUGUAUUUGGAAGAUGAUUUUGCAAGCAGCAAUAGGGGCGAUCCCGUUUUUUGCCUGACGUGUUUGACACCUCCGCUAGCAAAAAAGGGACAGGAUGUUGUUGUUCUUCAAAGAUGUGAUGUGGGUGGACGCAUUUGUUAGUGCAGCUUAGUUAGUGCUCCCUCCCUCUGCCGAACAUGUCUGCCGCGUGCUUGGCUCUCCUCUCCGCCCUGUGCUCGUUCUGCACAACUCAAACAGUGGAGGGCAACGACGUGAUAUGGAGGCCCGUCGGCGGAUCUGCGUCCAUCCAAUGCAAGCUUUCUCAACCGCUCCCGAUAACACUCAUGACUUUGUCUAAAGGCCUCAAGAAGAAUUUUACCGUUGUCAGUAAGACGUCCCGAAAAACCACCGUCGCUCAGAAUUUCAGCGGUAGGCUCCGGGCAGAGGGAGACUUGUUCAACGUGAACGUGCGCAUCUCCAACCUGACCUCGGAAGACACCGGCUUGUACUGGUGUGGCCACGAGUGGUUUGAUAACGAAUUGUCGGAACAUAAGAAAGACCUUGACCACGUCCCGGCCGUGCUGGUCGUUAGAGAUGAGCAGCAGUGUGACAGUGGAAACCAAAAUCUACUUGUGGGGCUGCUUGUGCUUUCGGCUGCUGUGCUAUUUGGAGUCUUCAUCGCCUUCCUCCUAUGGAGCAUACCCAAGAUGAAAAAGUGGCACGCCAAAUAUAGGCCACGGCACAUUGCCAAUGACGUCUACGAGGACAUGCGCGGAACGCUGCGAGCUGAAAGACGCCCCGUUUAAAAAAAAAACAACAACAAAGAAGUUGAUGGCAAAACUUGCUUGUGCAUUUCAUUAGGUACGGAAAAAAAAAAAAAGACUCCAUUUAUGAGUGAUACUGUACCUCACUCAGGAACAUUCCAAAUGUUGAACAAUGACUCAGUGAACUUCAUGCAAGACCUGUCCGAUGCCUCCCUCGCUCUUGUGAUUUAUCACCCUGUAAUCUUUGUGGGCAUCUUUCUGCAUUCAAACCUCAAAGAAGGAAAUGUUGAUUUUUUUUUGUUGUUAGGCUUACUCUAUUGAUUAACUCCAAUCACAAACAUUUGUAUUUCUGAAAUAAACCAAUAUUCUUCAUGUACUUGUA